AUGUCUGGGGAAAAGGAAAGGAAAAAGCUUUCCACAAAAUUGACGCAUCAGUUCAAUAAUAUAUACGAAUUAAAGGACAAAGAUGGCGUACCUAUCUCAGACACUUUCCAGAGGUUGCCCUUGCGUAAACUAGUGGACUACUACAAGAUUAUAAAAAACCCGAUUUCGUUGCAUGGAAUAGGUAGAAAUUUGAAAAACUACAAGUAUUCUAGUGCACAGGAGUUUGUCAACGAUUUGGUGCAAAUGGCAUGGAAUGCCAAGUUGUACAAUGUUAAAGGGUCUAUGAUCUACAACCACGCUGUAGUGUUGGAUAACUUCGUGAGGGAGAUGAUAUCGAAGUUGAACGGGGACAAAGGCGUUGGCAAUUUGUACUUGCCAGACUUGGGACCCCUUCCGGAGGGAGAAGAGCAGGCUGGCAGUGGAAAUGGAGGAGUUGGAAAGGACGAGAGCUACAUUGAGGAACAACACCUGACUAGAGAAGUCAGUCAACAGCCACCAUCAGCAUCAAUUGCAGGAGGUGCGCUGCAAUCACCGGUUUCUCAACAGCAGCUUCUUCAACAGCAGCUUCAGUAUGGAAACCAACAACCUUUUGGUAACAGAGCUAGCCCAUAUCCUCAGCCAGUUGGUACUUCGGUCGUUGGCUCUUUACCGCUGGUGAGCAGCAACAUCAGCAACAACAAUGCUACAUCUGGUAUAAGACGUGGACGUCCUCCAAUCAUCGACAAGCCAUACGAAACCAGGAUCAAGCUUAUUCUCAAACAGUUUAAGAAGCUUAGACUUCCAAACGACCCGAACUAUCAACUCACAUCCAAAUUCGAUAGGUUGCCGGACCCUAAGUACAACUCACCGUACUAUGCUAUGGUCAAACAACCAAUUUCACUCUUUGAGAUCCGUACCAAGGUGAGAACGAGGAAAUACCGCAAUGUCGAUGAAUUUAUCAAUGAUAUCAAUUUGAUGUUCGAGAACAGUAAAUUUUACUACCUGAACAAUGCCGGAGGAGCCGUUGGUCAACAAACUUACCAGGAAGCACUUUUAUUUGAACAAGAGGCUAACAAGAUUAUUCGUUUAGAGUUGCUGAAGCCAGAAAAGGAGUUGCUAACUGCAAACACUCCUGGAGGAGAUGGUAUAAUAAGGAUUCCAUUGGAUUCUAUUGAGAUCGAUGGGUACAGUUAUCACAUCGGGGACUGGGUCCAAAUCAAGAAUGAUAAUGAUCCUCAGAGACCUACUAUUGGACAAAUCUUUAGACUUUGGGCUACAGAAGAUGGUACUAAAUAUACCAAUGUGUGCUGGUACUACAGACCUGAACAGACCUGCCACAGAGUGGAUAGAUUAUUCUUCACCAACGAAGUCUGCAAGACAGGCCAAUACAGGGAUCAUUUAGCACUGGAAAUCGUUGGACCUUGUUACGUCAUUUUCUUGACCAGAUACCAAAAGGGUGAUAUUCCGGAAGGGGUGAUCCCAGCCGGAUGUCCCUGGUUCAUUUGUGAGUUUAGAUACAACGAGAAUAGUCAUGUUUUCAAUAGAAUCAGAACCUGGAAGGCAUGUCUUCCCGAUGAAAUUAGAGACAAACAAGAACAACCAUUGGUUCCGUUAAAUGAGCCUAGAAAAUUGAUCAAAUUUGAAUCCCCAAUCAAGAACAUGUUACCACAGGGUGUUGAUAACCACAUGCAAAUUUUGGAUGCAUCACAAGGGCCAAAUCCUAAUACACCUCCAGUAGUUGGUCUGGUCUACCUUAGAGGAAAUACAGACGAUGAUGAAUUGGGUCAAUAUACUGGCUCCCCUAAUGUGGUCAGGCUGCCAGAGAAUGACAAUGGGCGCGAGGCAUAUUUGUUUACACCACCAUCCCAAAUGAAGUUAAGUGGAAGUGUUUUCCCUAGCCAUGGUCAAAGUAACCACCACAGUCAUAGUAACGCCCAAAUCCAAUCUCAAGGUCAAUCAAGAGGAGGAUUGAGCGCCCCAAUUCAACAAUUCAACAAUCAGACAUCAUUCCAACCUUUUAACAACGACAACAAGGGGUUGAUUGGAUUAAACUCUGGACCAAUACCAAAUAGCGGUAACUCUGCAUUUGGAGCUUCAAGUGGAUCUUCAACCCCUGGUGGUGGAUUUCAGAAUAGCACUGCUCAAGGUCUUGGCGGAAUAGCUGGAGCAAAGAAUAGUUAUUACCCCAAAUCAUCUUAUGCUGCCAGUAUGAAUAUUUACAGACAAAAUAUCCAACAGCAACAGCUUCAACACCAACAAUACCAACAACAAAGGUAUUCCACUAGACAAGACUCCAAAAGGGCACUCACACCUACUCACCAGCAGCAACAGCAGCCAAAGUUCCAACUUCAGCAACAGCAGCAGCAGCAACAACAACAUCAGUUGCAACAACAGCAGUUACAGCAACAAACACCCACUCAUUACAGCAGUACUGCAACUUCUACAUACUCGAACCCCUUACUUGGAGGAAUCUUAUCAUACACAACUGUAGAUGAGAAUAAUAUUCUCGGCAAAGUUACCGAAGGAAUCAACUAUAAGAGAAGAAAGGUUGAAGUUAAGAAGAAAUUUAUUGAGGAAGAGAAUGACGAUUCUGAUGACGAAGACUCCGACGAAGAAGCCGACUCAGAUUCUGAGGAAGAAGACGUAGAUGUCGAUGAAUUGGAAGAUGAAGAGAUCCUUAGAGGGAUCCAAGCUACGACUAUGUCCAACUCCAGCAAUGAGUUCGUCAAUGAAAUUGUUUGGUACAGAUCGCCUCCUGUUGUUAUUUCCAAUAAGGUGUUGAGUUCCAGUGAGGGUGGUAUCGGACACAGUGCAAAGUACCUUGCGUGGAAGGCAAGCUUGAAGGAAGCGGUACCACAGUUAUAA